AUGGUAGAGGAUUAUAUUAUUGUCCGUUUCCACCAUGGUGGAACUUUUAUCAAAACGCCUGACUCAAAAUUCAUUGGUGAGAGAGAAAUAAAGGUAACUCCUAUUGACAAGGACCACUUUUCUGUUGUCGAGUUGAUUAAUUAUUCAAAGGACAUGGGGUACGAAACUGUUGGGGGAUUCUAUGUAUUUAACUCUAAUUCCAAUGGUUUUGUUCUGUUGGAAAAUGACAACCAGAUUUUGAAUAUUGUAUCUCAGCUUAAACAUGGUGCUUUUCUUGAUUUGUUUAUUAGUCAUGUAGAAAACAACACAUAUUUGACUAGAAAGGAAGAAAGCUCUAAUCUAGGAGAUGGCAAUACUAUUUUUCCUUCAGAUAUAGAGAGUAGUGAAUCUGAAUUAGAUGUUAUACCUGAGGAAGAUGAUAGUGAGUUAAAUGAUGAGUGUAGAGCCUUAAGUUCAGAUAUUGGAAGUGAUGAUAGUAGAGAUGAGUUGGAUGUUCUAGCUGAAAGGGGUGUUGACUUACUAGCUAGAAGGAAAAGUAAAAAAUUAAGGGUUGACCCAUUUUGUAAAAUAACUAUAUUUGAGCUUGGUACGGUUUUUGAGAAUGCUAUGCAAUUUACGAAAGCAGUGCAAUCUUAUGCUAUAGCGUACAAAGUUCAGCUAAAACUUAAUCCCAAUGAGAAGCACAGGAUUAGAGUAAAGUGUAAAAGCAAAGGGCUAUGUACAUGGGAGCUAUAUGCAAGCACUGACAGAGAUUCUGGGGACUUUAUUGUGAAGAAAUACCAAUCAAUUCACAAGUGCACUACCAAAAACAAAAACAAGUUGUGCACUUCCAAGUAUAUUGCACAUAAAUACAAAGACAUGAUCAUAUCCCAACCAAAUAUAAAACUUUGGGAAAUCAAGGAGUGGGUUAGGGAUCAAGAGGGGUUAUAUGUGGGAAGGACUAUCUAUUAUAGAGCUAAGUGUAUGGUACUCAAGCAGUUCAUGAGGGACUGGAAGUUGGAAUUCUCUAGGUUGUGUGACUAUGUUGAUAUCAUUAAAAGCACAAAUCCUGGAAGUUCGUGUUGGAUCGGGAUAGAUAAAGAUACUAAACCUGGAAAGAACUUGUUUGUGUAUUUUUAUGUGUGUUUUGAUGCUCUUAAAAGAGGGUGGUUAAAAGGUUGUAAGAAAAUUAUUGGAUUUGAUGGAUGCUUCUUGAAGGAGUUAUGUAAAAGUGAGUUGCUAGUAGCUGUUGGUAAAAAUGAAAAUAAUCAAAUGUUUCCUAUAGCUUGGGCUGUUGUUGACCAGGAGACAAAACACUCUUGGAUUUGGUUCAUUGAAAAUUUGAUUUCAGACUUGGACUUAGGAGAUGGAGUCGGCUUAAAAGUUAUGUCAGAUAUGCAAAAGGGUCUAGUUUCAAUUAUUAGUGAGCUAUUACCUAAUGCAGAGCACAGAAUGUGUGCUCGACAUAUUUGGUCUAAUUGGGCCAAAAUCUGGAGAGGGGAAGAAAGAAGAAUGCAAUUUUGGAAAUGUGCUAAGUCUUCAUAUGAAAUAAAAUUCAAGGAAGAAAUUGCAAACAUGGCAAAACUUGGUAAGAAGGAGAUAUGUGAAGACUUACUCGCAUAUAACAAAGAAUGCUGGUGUAGGGCUUACUUUUCUACAUGUUCUAAAUGUGAUAUUGUUGAGAAUAAUAUGUGUGAAACCUUCAAUUCUUGGAUAGUAUGA